ACCGAUGACAAAGGAUUGAUGGAUUGUGAUCUCUCUAGCGAAUUCUACAAAGCGAGCCAGAUCUUCGGAUUUGAUCUGCAGGAUCUUUGGACCAUAUCCGAAAAUGCCUUGGAAAUGUCUUUUUUGGACAAGAAGAGUGAGGACUAUAGAAAUCUCAAAAGUACGCUUGAACGACGAAAUCUUCUGGGUUAA